AUGGAAAGCUCUAAUGGUGAUGUGAAGGCCUAUAUAUCUGCUGUUAUAUUUGAUUUGGACGGAACCCUAUUAAGCACAGAGCAAGUGACAAGGGAUAUUCUGAAGGAUUUCUUAGCAAUAUUCGGUAAGGUGCAGGAUAAGGAGAAGGAGAAGAAGAGAUUGGGUAUGGCCAACAAGGAAGCGGCAAUUGCCAUUGUCAAUGAUUAUGAACUUCCGCUCACGCCUGAACAGUUUACCAUAGAAAUCAUGCCCAUGUACCAUGGUUUAUGGCAACAAGCCAAAGCACUUCCAGGUGUCAAUCGUCUUAUGAAACAUCUUCGUAAGCAUGGAGUGCCGUUUUCCCUUGCUUCAAACUCUAUAACGAAAAACAUUGAUGCAAAAAUUUCUCACCAUGAAGGUUGGAAAGAAAACUUUGCAACAAUUCUUGGAAUUGACCAAGUCAAGUCAGGGAAACCCUCCCCAGAUAUGUUUCUGGAAGCUGCAAACAGAAUGAGUGUAGAUCCAGCCAAUUGCCUAGUGAUAGAAGAUUCCCUCGUUGGUGUCAAAGCAGGAAAGGCUGCCGGAAUGAAGGUUGUGGCUGUGCCAUCACUCCAAGUAGAAAGUCACUUAUAUUCUAUUGCCGAUUCCAUACUUCAUUCGCUUCUAGAGAUUCAGCCACAACUAUGGGGUCUACCAAAAUUUGGAGACUGGGUUGAUAAUACUUUGCCAAUUGAACCCAUCCGUAUAACAGGUCUAUUUAGCAAUGGGCUACUCCUGGAAUAUGAAGAUGGUGGAUGGUCUGCUCUUCCUGAUCAAGUUUGGGGACUCUACAUUGGAUGGGUGAAAUUUGACGAACAGAAGGUAUCCAAGGGUGUAAUCAGUGUAGGAUGGGACUUGAAAUGUUGUGAUUCGAAGAGAAAAAUUCAAGCAUGUACAGUUGAGGGUAACGACGAGACCAUAAAUGACAGUAAGAUGCAGAUACUGCUUGUGGGCUACCUUCGAAGAUCAUGUCACGUGGGAAAUAUGCUGGAGAACCUAGAAAUACUCGAAGAAGACAUAUUGGCUGCCCGCGCCUCCUUGAAUUUGCCUGCGUUUUCCUACAAUUCAUUGAAUGCUUUCUUACAAGGAGAUUCUGUUGAAGAUAGUUUUACUGCCUUGAAUGACAAUCACUAA